AUGAUUUCUAGAGAAGGAACACAUCCUCUACCCGACAGAGUCACUGACAUUUUGAGCUACAAGAGGCCAUCGUCCGCUAAGGGUCUACGACAGUUCUUGGGUAUGAUAAACUUCUAUCGUCGUUUUAUACCUGGAGCUUCAGACACACAAGCACCACUAAGUGAUCUUUUGGUACCCAAUUUAAAAGGUAAGUCAUCUAUUAACUGGACACAAGAGGCUAUUUCGGCUUUUGAAAAAUGCAAGGAGAAACUCGCCACAGCCACGCUUCUCGCACAUCCAUGCGACAACGCUCGACUGGCUAUUGUAAGUGAUGCUUCAAACACCGCAGUUGGCGCAACUCUCCAACAGUUCAUCAUUGAUGAGUGGCAACCUCUUGCCUUCUUUUCCAAGAAGCUCAUAGCGACCGAGACGACAUACAGAGCCUACGAUCGAGAACUUCUCGUGAUCUACCUUGCUGUCAAGCAUUUUCAGUAUAUGGUGGAAGAAUGCGAUUUGGUUAUAUUCACUAAUCACAAACCCAUCACUUUUGCAUUUCAGCAGAAAUCGGAUAAAUCCACACCACGACAAUUCAGACACCUAGACUUUAUCUCACAAUUCACCACGGAUAUUAGGUAUAUUACAGAAAACACUGGACUACAACUCAAGCAAGUUCAAUUACCAGGUACAAAUGUCUUAGUGUUCUGUGACGUAUCAACUUUAACCGCCGGGCCUUUUGUCACAAAGCCAUUCCGACCUAAAGUUUUCAAUAAUAUACAUCGUCUUGCACAUCAAGGUGUCAAAGCCACGACGAAGCUUGUUAAACAGCGAUUCGUGUGGCCAGCAAUUGACGCAGAUUGCAGAUAUUGGGUGAGGGCAUGUGUAGAAUGUCAACGAGUCAAAAUCACGCGCCAUGUCACAGAACCUCUUAGUUCAUUUUCUUUACCAUCUCAAAGAUUUGAACAUGUUCAUUUAGAUCUUAUCAUUAUGCCUUAUUCUGAAAGAUUUCGCUAUUGCCUCACGUGUACCGAUAGAUUUACUCGAUGGCCUGAGGUAAUUCCAUUGGAAGAUCAAGAAGCGGCAACCGUAGCACGAGUUUUCUAUACGCAUUGGAUCGCAAGAUUUGGUACCCCUCUUCGUAUCACAACAGACCAGGGAAGACAAUUUGAGUCAUGCUUUUUCAAGCAACUUAAUAACUUGACUGGCACGAACCAUCUUAAAACCACGGCCUAUCAUCCGUCAGCAAAUGGCAUGGUGGAACGAAGUCAUCGGUAG